AUGACCUUCUUCUUCUUUGCCUCUGUUCUUGCUGUCGGGCUUUCUCUUUUGCAGCCCGUGGGUGCGCAAACCUACAAUGAACUCUACCGACCUCGUUAUCAUUUUACCCCAGCCAACAACUGGAUGAACGAUCCAAAUGGUCUUCUAUAUCAUAAUGGUACUUACCAUCUGUACUACCAAUACAACCCUGGAGGAGACACUUGGGGAGCCAUGUCAUGGGGUCAUGCUACGAGCGAUGAUCUGACCCACUGGAAGCACCAACCUGUUGCCCUGCUUGCGCGCGGAUACCCCGAUAAUAUCUCCGAGAUGUUCUUCUCUGGGUCCGCUGUUGCUGAUACCGAUAAUACGAGCGGGUUCGGUACAGACGGAAUUGUCCCAUUUGUGGCAAUGUACACCUCCUAUUAUCCCGCGUCCCGCAAUCUACCCAGCGGCAAGGCAGUCAAUGGUGGACAGCAAGCUCAAUCGAUUGCCUACAGUCUAGACGAGGGUCUCACAUGGACGACCUACGAUGCGGCUAACCCCGUCAUUCUUAACCCGCCAGCACCUUACGCAGAUCAGUGGCGUGACUUCCGGGACCCAUUUGUAUUCUGGCACCAGCCAACCCAGAAAUGGGUCUCGGUCAUCUCGUUGGCCCAGCUCCACAAGUUGCUCAUCUAUACCUCGCGGAACCUCAAGGAGUGGACGUACACCAGUGAGUUCGGCCCAAUGAACGCAGUCGGGGGUGUCUGGGAGUGUCCCAGCAUCUUCCCGCUGGCCCUUGAUGGGAGCGAGGCCCAGACCAAAUGGGUCGUACAGAUUGGACUCAACCCCGGAGGACCACCUGGAGUUGUCGGAUCAGGAACACAAUACAUAAUCGGCAGUUUCAAUGGCACGGCAUUCGUUGCCGACCCCGACACUCCGUCUCCGUCUACAACCCCCACCUCCGUGUUGACGCCCACUACUACGAGUACCCAAACAUCCUCUACCUGCCCCUGCCCAGGAGAAACUGCAGUGACAGGGAAUGUCAUAUUCCAAGAUUUUGAAGGUUCUGGGGAUUUUGCGUCUCUCGGCUGGGUUGCCACAGGGGGAUUAGUCGGGGCAGCACCGGCUCAGGGAACUCUUUCCGGACAGCAAACCGUCUCCGGAUAUGCUGGCGCUCGCCUUGUCAAUACGUUCUUGAACGGUGAUUCAACUACUGGCACCCUCACCUCGCCGUCCUUCACAAUCACUCAGCCACUUAUCAACUUCCUCAUUGGCGGCGGUAACGCACCAGGAGCCGAAUGCAUCAACUUGAAGAUCGCGGGGCAAAGCCAAGCCGUGCGCACUGCCACUGGCCGCAAUGAGGAAACGCUUCUGCUGCAAACUUGGGAUGUUGCUGAGUAUAUCGGACAGACUGCCGUCCUUGAGAUUGUGGAUCAGCAAACGGGUGGUUGGGGACAUAUCCUCGUUGACGAGAUUACCUUCACUGGGGAUGCCACCCCUCCCGCGUCCAUCGAAGAUGUUGCGUUUAAUUUCAAUGGGACCGGUACUUUUGAGAGUCGUGGGUGGACCGCCACUGGAGAUCUUGUCGGGAAGAGCCCGUCCCAGGAUACGCUGCCGGGACAGCAGGUGGUGUCUGGGUAUCGCGGAAACUUCGUCAACACGUUUUACAAUGGCGAUGCGACGACUGGAACACUGGUCUCGCCCGCGUUUACAAUUACACAAAAGAGGAUCAACUUCCUCAUUGGUGGUGGGAAUGCUCCCGGUGUGCAAUGCAUCAACCUCAGGGUCGAUGGCAACGUCGUCCGCACCGCCACGGGCAGUGAUAGCGAGCAGCUCCUGCCAACGAGCUGGGACGUCACGGACUUAAUUGGCAAGAGUGCAGUUAUUGAAAUUGCAGAUCUCAGCACGACCGGCUGGGGCCAUAUUCUGGUGGAUGAAAUCUCCUUCUCGGAUGUAUCGGCUGAGCCACGAGGGACCAACUGGCUGGACUGGGGGCCUGACCACUAUGCUGCGGCUUCAUUCAAUGGGCUUGCCUCUGCAGACCGCAUCAACAUUGCCUGGAUGAAUAACUGGCAGUACGCGGCCAGCAUCCCUACCUCUCCAUGGCGCAGCAUGUUGUCCAUCCCUCGGAAGCUGUCACUCAAGACCAUCAACGGAUGGCCAACGCUCAUCCAGCAACCCGCUGCCAACUGGGCCAGUCUACAAACAGGGACAUAUUCCGAUGCUCUAACCACCGUACCUCAAGGAACACAAUCCAUUCCGCUCUCUGGGAAGUCCCUGGAUAUCACCGUGGCAUUCUCCCACCGGAACUCGGCAUCUCCAGCUCAGUUUGGCGUCCUCCUCAGAGCAACCUCUGACCUGACACAGCAAACCCGGGUUGGGUACGAGUUCAGUACGAAAAGAAUGUUUGUCGAUCGAACCAAGUCGGGAAAUGUCGGCUUUGACGGGACAUUCUCCAAUACGUACUACGCGCCUCUAGAACCCGGCAGUGACGGCAAGGUCACUCUGCGCAUCCUUCUUGAUUCCUCUUCGGUUGAAGUCUUUGGUGGCCAAGGCGAGGUCACCUUGUCGGCGCAGAUCUUCCCCCAAGACACGGGCGCCGAUGUCCGGCUGUUCUCAACCGAGGGAAGUACAAGUGGGAUCACGAUUGAUGCAAAGAUUCUGGCGUCCGCGUUUGAUGCGCCCACCAGCAGCAGCACGACCAGCACGGCACUGAGCACGACACUCAGUACGAGAGGAGUUAGUACAAAUAUCACAAGCACAAGCACAAGCACAAGCACCGCCACUCAGCCUUCCGCUACAGUUCCUGUCGACUUCCGUCCUGUUUUCCACUUUGUGCCAGAGCAGAAUUGGAUGAAUGAGCCCAACGGCCUGAUCAAGAUCGGGUCCACGUGGCACUUGUUCUUUCAACAUAAUCCCACUGGGAACUUCUGGGGCAACCUCAGUUGGGGCCAUGCGACCAGUACAGAUCUGGUCUCCUGGAGUCACAAACCAGUUGCUAUCUCCAGUGCGGAUGGAAUUCAGGCAUUCACUGGGUCCGCAUAUUUUGACCCGCAGAACCUUUCGGGACUGGGAUCCGCCUCGAACCCUCCGUAUCUCGCCUUCUAUACUGGCUACUUUCCCUCGACUGGAGUGCAGGACCAGCGGCUUGCAUACAGUCUUGACCAGGGCGCCACAUGGAUCAAAUACCCAGGAAAUCCAAUUAUUCCAAAAACGCAGGAAGAACCGCAUGAUAGCACGAAGGGUCUGGAGAUCCGGGACCCCAAAGUGUUUUACCAUACUCCAUCAAGCAGAUGGGUGAUGAUCCUCGCACACGGCGGCCAGAAUAAACUCACAUUCUGGACGUCAAGUGAUGCCAAAGCCUGGACCUGGAGAAGUGACUUCACUGCCAGUAACAUUCCAAACUUACCCAGCGGAAUCAACGGGUGGGAGGUGCCGGACUUUUUCGAACUCCCAAUCAAAGGCACAACGCAGAAGAAAUGGGUUCUUGUCAUUACCCCUGCCACUGGAUCACCCGCCGGCGGCAAUGGCGUCUUCGCAGUCACGGGCGCCUUCGACGGUGCGGUAUUCACCGCAGACCCUGUUCACCCCAGCGCAUUCUGGCUCGACUACGGGCGCGACUUUGACGGGGCGCUCACGUGGGAAAACGUCCCUGCAUCCACGGAUGGCCGGAGGAUCCUCGCCUCCGUGAUGAACAGUUACGGCGGAAACCCUCCAACAAACACCUGGAAGGGAAUGCUGUCGUUUCCCCGCACACUAGAGCUUCAGCAGCUGAACAGUGGCAAGCUGCGGUUCGUGCAACAGCCCGUCGAUGAAAUCGACGCGUACGCGUGGCCAGUCGCAAAUCUCACGAAUGCAACCAUCGCCCCUGGACAGGCGUUGCUUUCCGACAUCCACUCCCGGACGCUCGACAUCAAGAUGACUUUCGUACCUUCCCCCGGUUCUACGCUUUCUCUCGCUGUUCGCAAGGCAGGCUCUCAGCAGACGCUUAUCAGGUACGUGCAGAGCUCUCAACAGCUCUCCGUCGAUCGUAAUGCGAGUGGGGAUAUCUCGUACGAUCCCGCAGCUGGCGGCGUCCACACUGCUACUGUGCAGCCUGGUGCGAAUGGCGAGGUCCACUUGCGUGUCUUGGUUGAUACGUGCUCUCUCGAGGUCUUUGGCGGGCUAGGCGAGGCGGUAAUCUCGAACUUGAUCUUCCCUGACGUGUCCGCGGACGGUGUAUCUCUGGAGGUUUCUGGGGGCAAUGUGGUUUUUGGGUCGGUGGAGGUGCGCAAGGUCCUUCUUUGA